GACAUUCAAGUCGUCAUCUGUGAUUUAUUUCAGCUGUGGUGACAACAACCGGUGUGUGAAUGCGUCCCUACGAAGACAGGAACGCACCCUGACUGUCCACAACCCUUUUUAGUUAUUGAGUAGGAAUUCGUGCUGCCGUUGUAUAGUACUCUUUAAAAAAAACUAUGCAUUAUUGAAACAAAUCAAGAGCCUAUUUUUAAAGAGUCGAUUAAAAGUGUCCUGCAGCUCUGUACUAUGGCCUCCGCCACCUCCACCCCUGCAGCCUCCAGUGGCCGCGCCAGUCGAUCCUCCAGCCGCCGCGGCGCUGCCAGCCUCUCUGCGUCCAGCACCAGCCCCACCUGCAGAAUCCGCGUCCAGGAGAAAGACGACCUCCGCCACCUCAAUGACCGCCUGGCCAACUACAUCCAGCGGGUGCAGAAGCUGGAGAGCGAGAGGUCGUCAAUGCUGCUGCAGCUGGAGGAGAAGGACGAGUCCAAGAGCCGGGAGAUGGGCACCGUGAGGCGGCUGUACGAGGAGGAGCUCGGCGAUGUCCGGAAGUCUCUGGACGGGCUCGCAGCAGAGAGGGCCCGGCUUCAGAUCGACUUUAGCAACAUCUCUGACGAAUACAGGAAACUACAAUCAAGAAACCAGAAAAAGGAGACCGAUCUGGCGAAUGCACUGACUCAAUGGAGAAGGGUUGAAGCAGCGCUGAGUGUAAAGGAUGCCGAGAACACAAAGCUGCUGUCGGAGAGUAGCAGACUCAAAGACAACCUGACUGAUGUCCACAGCCAGUUGGAGCAUCUGGAGGGUGAGCUUGCUGAUGCCAAGAGCCACCUGGGCUCUGAGAUCUUGAGGAGGGUGGACAUGGAGAACCAGGUUCAGACACUUAAAGAACAGCUUGAGCUUCACAGGAAUAUCAGCGAGCAGGAAAUGUUGGAGGUACGUAGUCGACAUGACAGCCGCUUAGUGGAAGUGGACUCGGGGAGACGGAUAGAGUUUGAGACAAAGCUGGCGGAAGCAAUGCAUCAACUUAGACAUGACCACGAGUAUCAGCUGCAGCAAUACAAAGAGGAGUUGGACAAGACCUUCAGCUCAAGACUCGAAAAUGCCCAGCAGGCGGCGCUAGACAAUAACAAUGUUGCAUCAGCUACCAAAGAGGAACUGGAAACCACCAAACUAAGAGUGGAGACACUCAGCUCCCAAUUUCGUCAAUACCAGAAAGAGAAAAUGGCUUUAGAGAGUCGCUUCCAGGAGUUGGAGGAGACUCUGGACAAAGAGCGGGAGGUUUGGCAGCAGAAGCUGAGUCAGAAGGAGCAGGAACUGCUGAGUCUGAGGAGUCAGAUGUACAGUCAGCUGGAGGACUAUGAGAACCUGCUGGAUGUCAAACUAGCUCUGGAUAUGGAGAUCAAUGCUUACAGGAAGAUGUUGGAGGUAGAAGAACAAAGAUUGCAGCUCUCGCCAAGCCCCUCCCAGCAUGCAGCCAUACCUCGAACGCAUGAACACAGUGGCCGCAGACCCAGAGGCAAGAAGAGGAAACAUGACGGAUCCGCUGGCAGCUCGCCCGCAUAUAAAAUGUGCAGUCAUUCGACGGAGCUUGGUGCUGUUAGUGUCGCGGAUGUGGACGUCGACGGGAAAUAUGUUCGACUGAAGAACAUUUCAGAGACGAAUCAGUCGCUUGGAGGCUGGAUUGUUCGUAGGCUAUAUUGUGACUCUGAUAUCUCUUUCCAUCUGCCCUCCUCCUGCACCCUGGCUGGCGGGCAGACGCUAACUAUCUGGGCAGCUGGUGCAGAGGAGGAGGCGGAUCCUGAAGACAUGGUGUUGGAGGGUCACAAGAGUUGGGGCCCCAUUAACGAUGUCCGGGUGAUCCUCCUCAAUCCUGAUUUUGAAGAGAUGGCUGAACGAAGGGUGUGUUUGCAAAGCAGGGAAGAGGAAACUCUGGAUUUUGAGGAGUACGCAGAAAGCAGCAACAUGCAGCAAUUUAGGAGACAGGAUCUGUCAAAGGAGGCCAGCUGUGUUGUCAUGUGAUCAUCCUAAUCUCUCUUGCUUGGAAUGAUGAAGCAGCUCCACAACUAACUUCUUGUAGUACUGCUGAGCCUUUGUCUUAUCUGCUCUUUUAUCUUAUGACAACCUCGACUCUUUAGCAAGCCACUUGUUUGAUGCCUUAAUGCAAAAACCAUAAAUCAAGUCUGAACCCUUGUGUGAAAUAAAAUUAUUAGCAUAAUAAAGUUUUCU